GUCACAGAAACACAGAAACACACACACACACACACACACACACACACACACACAGAAAAAAAAUGGAUGAACAUUUGGGGAAAGAACUUGAAACAAAAUAGCAUGGGGUGGAGAGGGGAAAAAUGUCAGGGAAAUCAUUCACGAGUCUUUUGUGGGCCCAUGUGGUAUUUCCACAUGGGCCAUAGGACAAGCUGCUGCCUCUUCUGUGUCUCAACUGGUGGGUGAAGCCUUCUGGGAGCUUCCCUGUGACUCCUUUAAUAUGCUUUUCCUCUGCUCCCCUCUCCCAGCUCCACUUCAUCUUUAUAGAAGCUAUUUUAAUAUUUAAAUGAAAGUUUUCAAAAAAUCUCAGAAACUCAAUUUUGAGGGUGCAUAAUUUAAAAAUUACUUGACACCCAUUGGCAUCACUGAAGACAUGCUGGAUGGACCCUGAGAGAGAAUGAAGACAAAUCAGGAUCAAGGCAAGCAUGUGAACCUAGCCAAAAGCUGCCUUCACUGUGCAGAGCUGAUCCAGAGGUGUCACAAGCAAUAAAGAUGGAAUGUCCCUAGUUCACUAAUGUCAGAAUGACUUAGAUGGAAAAAGGCAAUCAUUAAGGAGAGUGAAUUUCUCCACAUUUAGCAAGUAUUGGUUAGAACCCCUAAUGACCUGUUCUCUGUUUGCCUGUCUUACUGCUUCAUUGGAGUGAUUUUGAUUUGAAAGCAUUUGACUCAUAUCUUAGUCAUUGUUUGGUGGUUCUACCAUCUGAGCCAUUAGCCUGAAAAAAGAAUCAAUGCAGCUCCCAGUGACAGUAUUUAUUCUAUAUUCACAGACUUUUCCCAGCUCUUCCUUGCAGGCUGCCUGCUGGAGAAAUCACACCCACACACCUGGUUCUCCUUUUUCAGUAACCGUGGGGCUUCCCACCUGCACCCUUCUCUCAACAACCACAGUGAUGAGAGAACACUUCUGCCCUCAGUCAUGGAAUGAACCCGUCACCACCUCACCAGUGUAUUUGACUCUGCUCCUUCCUCGCACAUGACCUGUUUCAUCUGGCUUUCGAGCACCACCUCAAAGAACUCACUGACCUUAUUUUCUGUGUGGCCUGGUGGAAAGAGAAUGGCCUGUAAGCCAGGGCCUCUUCCUGGAAGGAUUGAAAACAGUAGGGCAGCCACUGGUGAGACAAACUUCAUGGCCUAGCAGUGAGAAAAUAAACUGACUACAUAACUGCUCAAAACGCAAGAGAAAUUCGGAGGGUCAGGAUGGAACCUCGGGCUCCCCAGUGGCCAUCUUGGCCACAGGGGAGGCCCAGGGCACCAGUAAAGGACCCAGAUCGAGGGCUUCAGAGUGGACAUCAUCGGCCCAUUCCUCACUCUCAUCACAAUGGAGAAGGGUUCUAUCAAUGGCAAGAGGUCCACGGGAGUCCGAAGCUGCAGCAGGACCCCAGGGCAGACCACCAGCAGCCCUGCUAUGCAUCCAGGCCUGGGCGUGCAGUUGACUACUACGAUGGGGGUUAUCCCACUCACUUAUGCUCCAGGGCAGGCUACGAGGAUCCCUAUCAGAGAUACCUCUCUCCAGCAUUGACAGAUGAAUACGCUUAUGCAAGUUAUUACUACAGUGGGCACCUGCAGCGGCGGCUCGAGGAAAGAGUGCCAAGGCAGGGGAGUCCUUAUGUCUGGCAUGAAGGUUAUGGAGAUCAAAAGUACCUCAAUGAAUAUCAUCGGGAAAACCGGAAUAGUCCAUUUGGAACAAAUGAGACCCAAUUCCACUCUACCAGCUGGAAUACUUAUAAAGACAGCACUGCUUCUAGCUCUGGACAUGAGCAGCCUGGGGAACUCCUUCCAGAGAACCUGCUAACUAGAGCCCCAAAGAAUAAGCCGUCAUUGACCAGCAAGUCCAACCUUCUCCAGCAGCAGGAGUCUGGUCUCAGCUCCAGCAGCUAUGAGCUCAGUCAGUACAUGGCAGAUGCCUCUGAGCAGUAUGGUCCUGGGGCUUCAGCAGCUUGGAGUCCAGUUCAUGCCGGGGUUGUCUCAGCAGUUGGUCCCAAGACACCCAUGAAGUUCUACAUCCCUCAUGUGUCUGUGACUUUUGGGCCAGGAGGUCAGCUGGUGUGUGUGUGUCCCAGGUCUCCCACGGAUGGGCAGGUGCCCCUUGUUGAACUGCACAGCAUGGAGGUAAUUCUUAAUGACUCUGAGGCCCACGAGGAGAUGAGAAGUUUCUCAGGACCCCUGAUCAGGCAAGAUGUACACAAGGUGGAUAUCAUGACAUUUUGCCAGCAGAAAGCAGCUCAGAGCCUCAAAUCUGGGACACCAGGGAGCAGGGACUCGGCUCUACUUUGGCAACUAUUAGUUCUCCUUUGUCGCCAGAAUGGGUCCAUGGUGGGGUCUGACAUAGCUGAGCUGCUGAUGCAAGACUGCAAGAAAUUGGAGAAAUACAAGCAACAGCCCCCCGUGGCCAACCUCAUCAGCCUGAUGGGUGAGGACUGGCCUGUGAUGAACCCUGGGACCCGCAACCUGCUCACUGGGGAGAUCCCCCCCACUGUGGAGACGCCGGAGCAGGUUGUGGAGAAGUUCACCAAGCUGCUGUACUAUGGAAGAAAGAAGGAGGCCUUGGAGUGGGCAAUGAAGAACCACUUGUGGGGUCACGCUUUGUUCCUAUCCAGCAAGAUGGACCCAAGGUCCUACAACUGGGUCAUGAGUAGCUUCACCAGUACCCUGGCUCUCAACGACCCCCUGCAGACCAUCUUCCAGCUCAUGUCGGGGAGAAUUCCACAAGCAGCCACGUGCUGUGGGGACAAGCAGUGGGGAGACUGGAGGCCCCACUUGGCCGUGAUUCUGUCAAAUCAGUCUGGGGACCCAGAACUGCAUCAGCGUGCGAUUGUCACCAUGGGGGAUACUCUGGCUGGGAAGGGGUUUGUGGAGGCAGCUCACUUCUGCUAUCUCAUGGCUCAUGUGCCCUUUGGCCACUACACUGUGAAGACAGACCUUCUGGCCCUGCUGGGCAGUAGCCACAGUCAAGAGUUCUUGAAAUUCGCAACCACCGAGGCUAUCCAGAGGACGGAAAUCUUCGAGUACUGCCAGAUGCUGGGCCGCCCCAGAUCUUUCAUUCCUUCUUUCCAGGUGUAUAAACUCCUUUACGCUUCCCGUCUGGUGGAUUGUGGCCUGGCAUCCCAGGCCUUGCAUUACUGCGAGGCCAUUGGCGCAGCUGUCCUGAGCCAGGGAGAGAGCAGUCACCCUGUGCUAUUAGUGGAGCUCAUCAAGCUUGCAGAGAGACUGAAGCUGUCAGAUCCUCUGGUUUUAGAAAGGCGCCCUGGGGACAGGGACCUGGAGCCGGACUGGCUAGUACAAGUGCGGAGGCUGCACCAGGAGCUUGAGCAAAAGGCAACGGCAGACAUCGGGGAUCCUCAUUCUGCUCGCUUAGAUCUUUCCGGAGCCAAAGGAACAACAGACACUUUCUACCAGGAUUUUUGGGGACAUCAGGUCUCUGGGUCCCAUUCAGCCCCAUGGCCAACUCUGGAGCAGACAGGCCUAACCCAGCCUGGCCCCCUUACCCUGCAGCUGGGCCCCUACCCAGUGGAUGGAGGUACCGGCCACACUGGGGCAGCAGUGCCUCCUUACUUGGUCCCUGAGACCUGCCCUCCAGGGACUGGUGAUGGCCAGGGCAGUGUGGCAGUGAUGGGGCCUCACGGAAGAGGGGCCUGGGAGGAGACACUGCCGACACACCCUGGCCCUGGAGAGAACACAGUGUCUCAAGAAACCUCCCAGCAUUAUGAUAGUCAGAAUGUCAUUCCCAAAACUCAGGUACCACAGGCUCCCAGAGCACGAAGUUUCUCUGAGAAUUCUGGUGUCUCAGUCCAGGAGGUUGAGGAAGAGUCCUCUGAUGAAGCAGAUAAAAAACAGUCCUCAAAUGUUUCGCAGAGAGAAAAGUCAGGAGACCUGAAAGACAACACAAAGAGCUCAGGAUUUGGCUGGUUCAGCUGGUUUAGAUUGAAGCCCUCCAACAGCCUGUCUGAAGAAGACUCGUUAUCGGACUGUACAGACUCUGAGCAGGCUUCGCCUCCCUGCCAGACCAGCCCUGGCCUCUCACCGACACUGCCUCUUGAGUCCCUAUCCCUGCCAGGUGGCGAUGAGCUCCCAGAAUCCCUGUCCAGUGGGGGCACAGCUGAGAGUACUGGGAUUGGAGGAUUCUCAGGGCUCGAGAGUGUUUCUUCUGAGCUCUACUCCAAACCUGGUGUCCUGCCUCCUCCUCCCGCCUUGCAAGGAGCAGUUCCGCUCUACAACCCAUCUCAGAUUCCUCAGCUACCAGCUACCAGCCUGAAUCGACCAAACCGCCUAGCUCAGCGCCGCUAUCCAACCCAGCCAUGCUGAGAACAACCACCCAUUCCAGGCUUGUCUCCUGAAAGCACAGUUUCUAUGUUGCUCUCUUUUUCUCAGUCUCCCAUCCCCUCUCUCAUAUUUAGGCCCUAAAGAGGGUUUUACUAGUCUGCUGCCUCCACUGGAUAUUCAGAAGGCGAGGGAAUAGGACCUCUCACGACAUAGCUGAAGCUUAACUUCAGAAUGAUGGAAUUUAUUGCAUCAGAUGGAAAAUUUGAGAACAAUAGCAGUCUGGAAGUGAGCAGAGUGUCAUGACCACAGUACUUGAGAUGGUGGCGUGAGAGCCUCAAGAUCCCCAUGCCUAGAAUCAGUGAUGAUGCCACCAGUCUCUGUAACAGGGGCUCAGGGCAAUAUUCCAGACUAACUUUGACUUCCUUUUCAGUCUCAGUUACAGCUGUAGUUAGCCAAGUUUUCAUACUGAAAUUCAAUCAUUGCUGCCCUUCAAUGAUUCUCUCUUCAAUGACAUUUCAGCAAUUUUCUUCCUCAUUCUGGUUUUGUGCACAUUUUCUGUGCAGUUCAGAUUAAUUAUAUUUUUCUCACUUUCUUAGCUGGUCCUAUUUUUUCACAUUCUGGCAUCUGGCUAUCAAGUUAGAUUGCUGUAGGCAUCAUAUUGUCAUGGUAACUACUGAACCUAAUGAUGCAGAUGGAUGGAACAUCAGUGUAAUAAAUGGUGGAAAACAUUUCCUAAAAAUUCUUCCUUUCCAUAAAAAGGGAGGGAUGAGUGCUGGGUGUUGUUAAUACCUCCCUUUCUACCUCAGGCCUUUGCAAAUUGAUGUUCAGAGGGUUACUGGAGCCAGAGGGAGGAGGGGGUUAUCUUGGAAAUUUCCAUUUCUCCUUGCAAACCCAAAAUAGGAAUGAUUCUUGCUGUUUGUCAGAUUUGCUGAAAAUUGCUCCGCACAAAGAACACUUUUUGUAUGUGUAAUUGUACAUACAGGUUUUGUACUUUAAUGUACUAUGGUUCUGAUGUUGGUAGCGAUUAAAUCUAGAUAAUUUUAUAGCAAA